AUGAAAAACAUCACUCUGGCCCGUCAGAUUUUUGGAUCCUGGGCUCCGGGGACGACUUGUCAUGGUCAUAUGGGUGAUAUGGUGGAUGGCAAAGAAAGCGUCAUGGUCUAUGUCAUGGAUCGAGUGCAAGGCACCAGUCAGUUGGAAUUUGAGAUCCCUCGGGAUGAGCCCAAGAACUCGCCUGAAUACUUUGCCUGGCGGCAGAAUCUAAUAUCUGAUCUGGCGAGCUUCUUCGCCAGGGCAUGGAACUGCCCUGUACAUCUUGAUGAAGAAGCACGCGAAGCUCUUCACAAACGAUAUGAGGCAGAAUUGAAGCUACUGCGGCAGGCUUUACCUGAUCGGUUCCAGCCCAUCAUUCAGCAAUCUCUUAAUUCCUUGCCUGCCAUCAUGUCACUGCCGACUGUGCUUCUCCACCAAGAUCUUGGGAUAUAUAAUGUGAUGGUCGACGAGAAGUCUCAUCUAGUUGGAAUUAUCGACUGGGCCGAGGCUGAGAUUGGUCCCUUUGGGGUGAACCUUCAUUUUCUCCAACAAACAACGGGCCAAAAGCACCUCAAGCACGGCUGGACUCGAUAUGAUGACUAUGAAAGCCUUCAUCAUACGUUCUGGGCAAGCCUGAAGGAGGAAACUGGGCUGGGUGAAACUGAAAUUUCGAAAAUCAAAAUGGCAAUGGUUCUUGGCGUUCUGCUAUCUCAUGGCUUCACAUGCAGACUUGCCAUUAUGCCUCCCGCAGUGCCUAUUCGGGAUGAUCAAAAUGGAGCCUAUAACCUGCUGACCCUAGAUGGCUUCCUUAUUGACCCGAAGACGAAGAUUAUUUAG